UCCAAUAGUGUUUGUAUAACCAUUUGACAUUUUCUUUGUUAUCGUACCUCUACAACUGAGUGUGUUUUUGCGUUUGGUGUGUCAGUGAAGCGGAGCCGCUAUGCUCUGCCCACAGGGACCCCCAUGUGUGCGGAGUACUGCUAUCAUGAUGGUCAUGGUGUUGGCGCACAUUUUAGUUGUUUCGCAUGCGUGCUGUUUCCUUGUGACUUAAAAUAAUAAAAUAAGGCAAAAUAAUAAAUGUUCGAAAGUUUGAACUUAAAGUGGGAUAUGCCAACCCAUUAAUUAACAUAACGAAAAAAUAAACAUUUCUUCAACAAUAAAUUUAACUGAAGUCAGUCCACAUAAUUACACAGAACUGAAUGAUAGCGUUUUCUGCUGCUAAUAGAUCCUCAGUUGAUACAUUUUCUCGUCCCAACAAUUUCUGGCUUCCAACAUUUACUUGUCAACAUAACGAAGAUCAGCUGUUGCAAACAUCACAAGUUGCUUACUGCUUUGACUCAUCUCCAAUAGAGCCUUCUUGACCUUGAGUAACCAUGCAACUGCAACCUUCAACCUUUUCCAAUCAGAGUAAUAUGUGAUGAGUCGAUCAAUUGCACUAUCCUCUUCAGUAGUUAUUGUGUUUGUAGAGAUCUCUGUUUGACCUCUGGAUCAUCCUCUUCCACUGUGGACUCUGUAUCCAUGUUUCUCUUGCCUUACACUGGAACUGAUAACCACGUCUUGCUGUUCAGAAGCUUCUGGACUGUCAGUCUUCUAGAUGCAUCAUCUGCUGCAUUUUGCGAUGUGUGAACACAGCGCCACUGUGCUGGGUCUGAAGCUUCCCUUAUGACAGCUAUUCUGUUGGCCACAAAUGUUUGAAAUCUUUUGUUUACAUUGCUGAUGUACUUCAAGACUGUGCUACUAUCAGUCCAGAAACAGGAUCCUGGCAAAGAAAGCUGUAACUCUGAUUCUACAGCCAAAACAGAAGCACUGAGUUCCAUACGAGGGGUGUUUACGGUUUUAAGAGGUGCAACCCUUGCCUUUCCGAAGAGAAAGGAAACAUGUACAUGACCUGGUUUGUUCUGUAACCUCAGAUACGUUACCGUAAAAGAAAAUGAACAGCAGCACUGAGGUAAAGAAACCUGAUCAAUAAAAUCUACAACUGAUAUUUUCAUAACUUUGUCACAACACAAUCAUUGAGCACACUUUGGGAAAAGUGUGUCUGCUGUCACACCCCAUCAUCCCAUCAAAAAGAUCAGGAUCCCUGAAGUGCAGCGGUGAGGUUGUAACUCAACAGGCACAAGGACCCAACAUCCUCUGACUGGGCUGCUCAGCCUGCAGGUUGUGUCCUGGGGUAUUUAUCCAAAGUGGAGUACAAUCUUGUGCGCAAGAAGUGAACAUGGAGAAGCACUGGUCGGCAGUUUGUGCUCUGAUUUUUACACUUGGUGCAUUUCUGCACUUUAACAUAGUAUUUGCUGCGGAAGCUGGCAAUUUAACAGUGAUCCUUCCAAAGCCAGGCCACUGCCCACGUCUCCUUAAUGUUGUCCCAUCACAUAAGGGGUGUGUGUGUGAUGAAGACUGUCCUGCAGAUCACAAAUGCUGUGUCUUUGACUGUGGAGCUGUCUGUGUCCCACCUGCUUUCACUAAGCCAGGAGUGUGUCCUCGCAGGCAAUGGGGCGCCGGGCUGUGUGCUGAAUUUUGCUCUAAUGACAGUGACUGCCCCCAAAAUGAGAAGUGCUGCUCAAAUGGAUGUGGACAUCAGUGCAUGACACCAUACACAGUGAAGCGGGGCCGCUGUCCUCUGCCCACCGGGACCCCCAUGUGUGCGGAGUACUGCUAUCAUGAUGGUCAGUGUCCAGGAGAACAGAAGUGCUGCAAGACAACCUGCGGCCAUGCCUGCAGCGAGCCCUGCUGAUUGGAUAGCCAGCGACUCAGCCACAUGCGUGCACUUGCUUGCUUUCUUUCAUGCACCAACACAGAAAAUGUAAUGAGAGAUGAGAAAUGUUAUCAUGAUCAAUUUUUCUAGCUUUUCAACUACAUAGCAGCACAAUUGACACACACAGCGUAGUCACACAGUCAGGAGAAAAAUAGUUGGUAGGGUGCCACUAGGGUGCUACAUAAGACCUUAAAUAUGUUUGUAUUACAACUUGAGUUUACAAGUAACCUUACAUUUUGGUCAAGUAACAGUAUUUUUGUAUGAGUAGUAAUACUGUAUAUUCUAGUAUCUGCUAUGUAUUCUAAUUUGAAAAGUACUGUACUUUUUGAGUUUGAAGCUAUGGUGCAAUUUGUAUUUCUUCAUAUUUAAACAAAUAAAUGUUUGUAGAACCUA